CAAGAAAAACAAAAAUAGAGGUUUAGAGGUUAGAUUUAAUGUUUAUUGUUUACGUUUAUCAAUUAGUGGCUUGCAAUAGACAAACAUCUUGCAAUUAUGAAGUCCACGGUCCAAUCUUCAAAGUCCGUAUCAAGUUCUGUCAGUUCUAAAUUAAAAAAAAGUUCGAAGGAAAAGGAAAAAAGAAAAUCUCAGUCAGGUUUAACAGACAAGAACCCGAGUGAAAAGGGGUCUCCUGCAAAAGAUUCUAAACAAUAUGCUGGAAUUAGCUCAGAUUCGAUUUGUAUUUAUGCAGAACAGUCAACAUAUUAUGGACACUUAUCAGAAGAAGUUUGCAAUGUAUUAGCUGAAGAUAUUAAUUAUAAAUUGCGAUAUAUUAUACAUGAUGCAUUAUUAAAGGCCAGGCUUUCUGGCCGAGAUGUCAUAAACUCCAGAGACAUUGAUGAAACUUUUCAAAAUUUGUCUAUUGAAAAAGUGUAUGGUGCAACUGCAAAUCCUAAUUGGGUUCCAUUUGGAGAUCAAAAUUUACUAUAUUUAGAUGAUACAAAAAUUAAUUUAAUCGAAUUAGCUGAAGAGGAAAACACCUACGUUCAACAAGGUAAUAUAAUUCUUCAAAAAAGUUGGUACCCAAAUCUAGAAGAAUCGGAACCGAGUCCAGCUUUAAAACAUUAUUUUACCACUAUCUGCAAAUCGGUGGUAGACAGCGAUGAAGAGUUAAGAAGCAUGGCUUUGAAAGAUAUUAGUGAGAAUCCACAAGUUGGCGCUAUUAUCGAGUGGUUUUACCACUUUGGAUAUUUUUUACUGAUGAAAGAUAUUACCUACGACUGUCUAACGUUAAGUGCUUUAGAUUUAAUAGAGACACUUGAAAACAGUCCUCUAGGAAGUGCGAAUGUAUCCGAAAAACAACUAAAACUGCUUGUGAGACUACUCUUACAGAGACUACUUAUUUCGACUCCAACGAAAGAAGUACUCAAGCCGAUGUGUUCGGUUUUAGCCAUACUGUGUUUGAGGGAACCUCUGAGAGAAAUGGCUAUCAAUAAAAUUAAUAACAAAAUCGAGAGCCAAAAGAAGAUGCUUCCGGUUCUUACUGCCAUUUAUUUUUUGGGAAUUGAUGCAGUGAGGGAGAUUUUCUUGCCGAAUAUAGAGUAUUUUUUAGGGAAAGUCAAAACGACUCUGGAUGAUGAUCCCGAAGUUAUAAAUGUGGUUCUGAGUAUAUACGGCCUAAUAUGUAAGGCCAGCUACAAUUACGAUUUCAUACAUAGCGCCUUUCAUCAAAUUUUUGGCGACAUCCUCGUUAUGUUUUGGAGACCGAGGUCGUUUACAGUUAAAGCAUUGGAAAAAGACGAGAUUAAUUUUGUGAAUAUGAACACUCAGCUCAUAAAAACGAGAAGAAAAGUGGACCGUAAUAUAAAGAAGGGCCAAGCCAAGUGGUCCCUCGAGGAUAUCUUCGACGUACCCACGCAAGACUGUAAUGUGAAAAGGAAAAUCGAUGAACAUCGUUUGGGUUUUAAGCAACAAAAGAGAGAAACGCACUUGACUGUAGGUAAAACCAGUUUAUUGUUGUCGGUAUUAAAAAAUAAAAAAGCUAAGAUACUUCCGAGGUAUUGUGACCAUUCUCUCUUAUCUUAUUGUUUCUAAGUUAAUAAAUUAUUUGGAAUAAGAUGUCUUGC